AUGGCCGCCCUCAUCAGCGCGUACUCGUCGUGGCCCGACUCCUUUGACUGUCCGCCGCCGGCGGAGGGCGACUUGGCGGCGGACGCGCACCGGGGAAGCGGCGGAGGCGCCGCCGGGGAAAAGACGCCGGAGCCCCGCAUCCGACGGCCCAUGAACGCCUUCAUGGUUUGGGCCAAGGAUGAACGCAAGCGGCUGGCCGUGCAGAAUCCGGACCUGCACAACGCAGAGUUAAGCAAGAUGCUCGGGAAAUCGUGGAAGGCCCUGACACCCCCCCAGAAGAGGCCCUACGUUGAGGAAGCGGAGCGUCUGCGCGUGCAGCACAUGCAGGACUACCCAAACUACAAGUACCGCCCCCGCCGCAAGAAGCAACUCAAGCGCAUCUGCAAGCGCGUGGACCCCGCUUUCCUCCUCCUUCCGCCCGACCAGAACGCCCUGCCCAAGCAGCGGGCUCUUUGCCGCCCCCUGGAGAAGGACGACGGAGGCGAAGCCCGCUUCCCCGGUCCGGCUUUGCCCGGCGUGCAAAGCUUCCGCGACCCUGCGGCGCCCGGAGGUUUCGACGCGUAUCCCUACGGUCUCCCCACACCUCCAGAGAUGUCCCCGUUGGACGCGGUGGAUCACGAGCACGCGCCCCCGUCGUACUACCGCGUGUCCCCCGAGGAGCAGCACCAGAUGGGCAGCCCGCCGCCGUACCACCUGGACUACGGGCAGACCCAAAUUCACUGCGGAGGCACGCACGUUCCCCACAUGACUAGCGGCGGCAACGGACUGGUCCCCGGCUCGUAUUAUAGCAACUCACCGUUCCCGCUGACCCACCACGGGGUCCAGCACAACCACUUGGGUCAGCUGUCCCCACCUCCGGAGACGCAAGGUCACCUGGAGACUCUUGAUCAACUGAGCCACGCGGAACUCCUCGGCGAGGUGGACCGCAACGAGCUCGACCAGUACCUGAUCGCCGGAGGGGGCGGCUACCAUCAUGAGCAAGGCGGCGGCGGCAGCAGCGGCGGUGUCACCGUCACGGGUCACAUCCAGGUGUCCGCCGUCACCUCCUCUACAGAGAACAGUCUCAUUUCAGUUCUGGCCGACGCCACCGCCGCCUACUACAACAAUUACGGAAUUUCGUGA